GAUUGGAAGACCCACCCCUUCGAGCGGUUUCCUUACAUGGCGACCAUAAGCAAUUGGGGUGUGGACCUGCCCCAUUGCAGCGGCAUUCUGGUCCAUCCUCGCUACGUGCUCACCGUGGCUCGAUGCACCGACGACCUGACCGACUUCCCCCGGGUGACGUUUCCAGCCAACCGCGCCGACGGACAACGCCCGCGCAGGAAA